UCUGAGUGUUAGUAGAAGUAAAAUGGUCACUUGGACGUCCCCCGACGGUAAGAUCCAAAAAGACAUUUUACAGGAGGGGAAAUGGGGCGACAAACCAUCGGAGGGAAGUCGAUGUACGAUUACUAUAACCGAUAGUCCUUUCCUGGAGGAAUUUACUAAUACCGUCGUGACCGUCGGUGAUAACGAUGGUGACUUAUGGAGGGCUUUAGAUAUAUGUUUAGGCACCAUGUUUGUAGGAGAAAAAUCUAAAUUCUCGUUAAAUUUACACGAUAGCACGAUUACUUUAAUUUUAGAACUCAUAGAUCUAGCGUUUGAUGGUUUUAUUUUCCAAUGGGACGUUUCAAAAAAAUAUAACAUGGCCUUGCAUCAUAAAGAAAAAGGCAACGACUUAUUCAAGAACAAGAACGGCAGAGACGCAGCUUUCAGGUUCACGAAAGCCUUGAAGGUGCUCUCUUCUAUCCCGGUAGACAUCGAAGAACCCCCAGACGUCAUAGACGGCAUACCAUUGUCCGAUAUAAACAAAUUAAAAGCCAACUUAUUCAACAACCUGUCUUCGUGUUACUUCAGGAAUCAGUCGUGGAUGAAAGUCAUAGAUCUGUGUACGAAGGUGUUUGCUUACGAUCCCAAUAACGUUAAAGCUCUGUAUAAAAUUGGAGUGGCUUACCAGAACGACAGGGACUUCGAAAAGGCUAAGAAGGCGUUCUGUAGGGUUUUGGAGCUUGAGCCUGGGAACAAAGCAUGCGCCGAACACUUAGAUUACGUUAGGGACGAGUUGAGACAGGCCGAAAUUAAAGUGAAUAAUAUUAUGAAGAAAAUGUUCGGCGCAUAAACGUAGUGCUUUUUGAUACAUUCAUUCCAGUAAUUAUUAAUCGUAAUGCUAAAUAAAGGUGGAUAUCGUUUGGAA